AUGGACGACAACAAUGGCCCACCAAGUCAAUUAACUCGACACGACUACACUGUCGGCUGGGUUUGCGCCCUACCCAAAGAGCAGGUAGCAGCUAUUGCUAUGCUUGAUCGAAGGCACCCUAAGAUUGAGAAGCCUUCAGAUGAUCCUAAUUCUUACAAUCUUGGCUCCAUUGGAAGCCACAAUGUUGUAAUAACCUGCUUACCGAAAGGCCAAGUUGGAACUAUUGAGGCAGGUAUUACGGCUAGUCGCAUGCUAAUAACGUUUCCUUCCAUCAAGAUUGGCCUUAUGGCCGGUAUUGCUGGUGGUGUGCCAUCCAAUGGAGUCAGACUUGGGGAUGUUGUAAUUGGUACCCCUUCUGGAGAAUACCCAGGUGUCGUCCAGUGGGACCUUGGUAAAAUAGAAUCGGGAGGCAUACUUAAAAGAACGGGAGCGCUCAACAAAUCACCAAAAGCAUUAUUGACAGCAGUCUCUACAUUAGAGACAGAGCAUCAAUUGGGGGGGUCUACUAUUCCGCAACGUUUGGAGGAACUCCGAACCAAAUGGCCGAGAUUGGUUGAUAAGUAUUGCUGGUCACAAAAGCUCACCGACCCGCUAGCAACAGAAGGAAGCCGAAAUAUAUAUCGAGAACCUGAAGUUCAUUACGGUAUUAUUGCUUCAGGUGAUCGAGUCAUCAAAGAUGCAGAGACUCGGGACUGCCUAAACGAAAGCUUGGGCGGAAAGGUUUUGGCGAUCGAAAUGGAGGCAGCAGGUCUCAUGGAUAAUUUCCCCUGCAUUGUAAUUCGGGGUAUCUGUGAUUAUGCCGACUCUCACAAAAAUGACGAGUGGCAAGAGUAUGCUGCAGCCGUUGCCGCAGCUUGUUCGAAAGAGCUAUUGGAGGUCUUAGACCCUGGCGCUGUUGCUGCGGAGAGCCCUCUGACAGCCCUCGUAGGUCGCGUGCACAAGAGUGUUAUGGAGGUUAAAACGGACGUGGCCUCGAUGAGGUCGAUUCUCCAUGAGAAGGAAGAUCAGAAACUUCUUGAAUGGAUCGCUCCGAUAGAUUAUAAUCCCCAGUAUUAUGAUCUGAUACGGAGACGACAACAAGGUACUUCCCAAUGGAUUCUACAAAGGAGGGAAUACCAUACCUUUUUAGAGUCCGACAAGCAGAUACUCCUCUGCCAUGGGAUACCCGGAGCUGGAAAAUCUAUCAUUGCGGCCACAGUGAUUGAUGAUCUCCAACGUCGAUUCCGAGCAGAUCUAUCGGUAGGAAUUGCAUUCAUCCUUGGAAAUUUUAAAAGGAAGGAGGACCAAAAGGUCGAAGACUUACUUGCCGGGAUCGUUCGACAGUUAGCUCAAUGUGGCGGCAGACCCAUGGAACAUGUUAGAGCUCUCCAAGAACUACACCGAGCUCGAAAAACGAGACCCUCCGUAACAGAAAUAUCCGAGACCUUGAAGGUUAUUUUGAUGGAUUUUUCAAAGGUCGUGCUUGUCGUUGAUGCUUUCGAUGAGCUUUAUUCCCCCGACGGUACUCGCGAUGCGUUCUUACAAGAGCUCCAUAGUCUACAAACCCACAGCAAUCUCAAUAUUCUAAUCACUUCUAGGCCCCUACCCGAUAUUAUGUGUCAGUUCGAAAAUGGCACAAUGUUGGAGAUAUUAGCAACAAGCUCUGACAUAGAAACGUACCUGGAAGGACAGAUGGAUCGAUUACCAAAGUUCAUACGGAAGAAGCCAGAAUUAAAGAAACAAGUCAGAGAAGCUAUCUUAGGGUCUUUCCAAGGAAUGUUUCUUCUCGCCCAACUAUACGUUGAAUCCCUGGUGGGAAAGGUAUCUGUAAAUGCUCUUAGAGCUGCCGUGGAGAACUUGCCACACGGACCAGAGGAAGAAGUGUACGGAAUUGCUUAUGAAGAACAGAUGAGUCGUGUUGUGAAUCAAUCCAAGGAUCGGUGGGAGCUUGCAGAGAAAAUUCUAGUUUGGAUCAUCUGCGCCAAGCGGCCGCUAGAUGUACUAGAACUACAACACUUGCUUGGGGUUGUGCUUGGCGAAACUACAUUGGACAAGGACAAUCUACCAGAAAUCGACGACAUGGUUUCAGUGUGCGCCGGUUUAGUUACCAUCGAGCGUCCAUCCAAUAUCAUUCGACUGGCUCACUACACCACACAUGAGUAUUUGGAUCGAACACGCAACCGAUGGUUCGAGACUGAAAGAGUUGAUAUUGCGAGGACAUGUCUAACCUAUCUGUAUAACGACGCCCCUCAAAAAUUGCUUAACUCCUUCACAAAAGUCUAUAUCUUUCAAGAACAUACAUCAAUUCCUCCUGGCUACGAAUAUGCGUCAAAUUUCUGGGAGUGCCAUAUCCAGGAAGAAUGCAUACCAACUGAGGAAGUUGUUGCGUUCCUUGAAAAUCAACUUGCGGUCCAAGCAUCAUGGAACUUUAGAACGCGAUUGGUCUUGGAGUACAUAGACCUUGAAUUUACGGGGCUACAUCUUGCGGCGUGGCUUGGCUUAGAUGAAGCUGCCCAGAUCCUUCUCACAGAAGUUUAUCCCAUUGAUGUAUAUACCGCCAGUGGGCGAACGCCGUUAUCUUACGCCGCGGAGGGUGGUCACGCAUCAAUGAUAGAUAUGCUGCUCAAAAACGGAGCGCAUACCGAUUUGGCAUACAACGAGAAUUUUCCCCUCGUGAUUGCCGCCCAGAAAGGCCAUGACACGGUCAUAAAGCUGCUCCUUCAGCAUGGUGCCGAUGUCAAUAGCAAGGCUGGUGGACACACGGCUGUUUUUUGGGCUGCUCGGAGUGGCCAUCAAGAAGUUGUGAAAACACUUCUCAAGGGCGGAGCGAAAGCCAAUUAUUACCACUAUACAGGAAAUACUCUGCUGUUAGAGGUCAUGAAAUAUGGACAUCAAGGCAUUGCCUGUUUAUUAAUUGAAAACGGCGCUGGUGUGCACGCAUGGCACGGCAGUAAACGAGCGCCUUUAUUCUAUGCCGCUGAAUUGGGACUCGAUGAAGUUGUCCAAACACUUAUUAAGUUUGGAGCCGACGUGAAUGAACAGGACGGGUCGGGUUUAACACCUCUCUCCUAUGCCAUUAAAGGAGGACAUCACGCCAUUGCGCAAAUACUACGGGACAGUAAUACUGAACACAGCGAUGAGAAUGACGCAGGGCCAGCUGAAGAGUCGCUGGGCUUACCAAUGCACUUAGUUUGGGAACAGUUAUUAAGUGGAAAGAAGCCUUUAUUUAACAUAAAGGAAAAGAUUGUUGUUAAUUUUGAAGAUAAGGAAGAAAUGGAACGUGUUUUUAAUAAUACUUCUUUAUAA